CGGACAUGGCGGACUCCAGGCCGGGCCUUUACCGGGGGGAAACGAAAGAUCAACGCCGGAGCGGUUAUGGACAUUAUAUUUAUUCUAAUUCUUUUUUCCAAUAUGAAGGGGAAUGGAAGGAAGGAAAGAAACAUGGUCAUGGGAAGUUACUAUUUAAGGACGGAAGUUAUUAUGAAGGCGAGUUUGUGAAUGGAGAAAUUGUGGGCAAUGGAUUUCGAUACUGGGCACAUACAGGGAAUAUUUACUCCGGCCAGUUUCUCUAUGGAGAGCUCCAGGGGCAUGGAGUCAUGCAGUAUAAAGACGGCCAGAGAUACGAAGGGAACUUCUGCUAUGGAGUGCAAGAAGGCCACGGACAACUGACUGACAAGGAGGGACAGCAGUAUGAAGGCAGCUUCUACAAAAACAGAAGACACGGAGGAGGGAAAAUGAGGUUCAAAAAUGGUGACGAAUAUGAAGGUGACUGGAUCCUGGACCAGAGGCAAGGUCACGGGCUGCUUCACUGUGCUGAUGGAACUGUCUACGAGGGACAGUGGAGAAAUGACACGUUCAACGGACAGGGCUCCAUAAUCCAUUGUUCCGGUGUCAUCUAUGACGGGCAGUGGCUGAAUGGCUACCCGGUUGUGCAACCCAAGAAGAUGGUGAUUUUGGGACCGGAAGUCAUCGACACUGUACCGGGAUCUGCUCACACGUUUCAUGUGCAGCUUCAGGACGAAGAAGGAGAGGUUAUUGAAUGUGAGAGCGGUCGACUGCUGGAGCUCUGCGCUGGAAUCAGAGACGGGGUGGUUUUAGCAAGUUCCAAGACCAGCCUGUACAAGAUAAUGGAACUACUGGGGAGGAAGCCGAUAAAAAGCCCCUUUGGAUUUGGGUAUAUUAGCUACCCUUUGAUGGUGCCCACGUCUGAGAGCCCAGAGCCUCAAGCCUCUGUCUCUUCUGCCGGCAAAUCUCUGUUAGCCCUGCUCGAACUGCCAGCCCCCAAAGGAGACAGCGAGCCAGAAUCCGAACCAACCUCCUUGGAUAGUAUGAGAGAUACCCUGAACAUCCAGGAUGGGAUAGAAGACAACUUCCCCAGCCUUUCGCACUUCCAGAGAGCAGAAUCUGGCUCUGCCAUUUUCAACAAUGUCAUCCUCGCUCCUUCUCCGGGAGAUGUUCUGCUCGCCGUGCAGAUGGAUGACACACCCGAGCCUUUAUCCCCACGAAGAAUAAAAAAACGAAAAGACAAGACCCAUGCUGAAAAAAUACCCUCUUCCCAGGAGUCACUUGGAAUCAACAGGUCCCGAUUGAUGGAUGAAGGCUCCAAGACCAGGCUCAGCCAGACCUGCCUGAGGGAAGCCGUGACCCUGCCAGGGGAGUAUGCAAUUAUGGUCCAUGAAGUGACUUCACCUCCGUUCAUGGGCCAGCAUCUCCCACCUGCCUUCAGGCUCUUGAGGAUUUUGCCAGAGAAGGUUUUGCCAGAGAGCACCGUGCCAGGGAAGGUCUCGCCAGAAAGAGGCAAAAGGAUGAGCCUUAAAAGCGAGGCUGGAAAAGAAGCUGGAAAUUAG